CCGAGAACUCGAUCCUCGACCAUUUUUGCCCCAUUCGGGCCCCUCCCCCACCCCUCCCCCUUCCCCGUCUCGCUUGUCGAGCCGGCGUUUCGAGUGCUCGUCGGCGGCCACAAUCGGACGCUGGAUCUUUAUCGAUUCGUCGUGGGACGGUUCUCUACGGGUUUUUGCCUCAAAAGUUUGCCUCGUCGGACGACCUGGAACUCCCAUUCGAUUGGCCUUUCCUGUUUCCAGUCUUGGAGAUUAGAUGAUUGCAGCUAAUCGGUUCAAGUGAAGCAACAUUGAGUUAUGGGUUGCUUUUAUGAAGAAUUGAAUUAGUGGCCUCCAACUACGGUCGUGGUUUUACUCUGAAGAAUAGAUUGCAUGUUUUGCUGGAUGAGAAGAAGAACAUAAAUAGUAGUUGCCUUCCUAUGGCUGGCCUUUCUGUAGUCCAUCAGGAUCACAGUCUAGUCGCUACGGACCACUCCUUGGUUAUUGGUCAAGAGUUUCCUGAUGUGGAAACUUGCAGGAGGACGCUAAAAGAUAUUGCAAUAGCUUUACAUUUCGAGCUUCGGAUUGUUAAAUCUGAUCGCAGUCGGUUUAUAGCUAAGUGCUCAAAGGAAGGAUGCCCAUGGCGAGUCCAUGUGGCUAAAUGCCCAGGUGUGCCGACAUUCUCGAUCAGGACCUUACAUGGCGAGCACACGUGUGAAGGAGUUCGCAACCUCCAUCACCAGCAAGCCACAGUCGGCUGGGUUGCAAGAUCCGUCGAGGCUCGGGUAAGAGAUAAUCCACAGUAUAAACCGAAGGAGAUAUUGCAGGAUAUUCGCGAGCAACAUGGAGUUGCUGUAUCUUAUAUGCAAGCAUGGCGAGGGAAAGAGCGUAGCCUAGCUGCCCUUCAUGGCACUCUAGAGGAUGGAUACCGCCUUCUUCCUGCAUACUGUGAGCAAAUUCGAAAAAGUAAUCCUGGAAGUAUUGCAUUAGUUUAUGCUACAGGCCAAGAGAACUGCUUCCAUCGUUUGUUCAUUUCAUACCGUGCAUCGAUUUAUGGUUUUCUUUAUGCAUGUCGGCCGUUGUUGGAACUUGACAGGGCACAUCUUAAAGGAAAAUAUCUAGGGACCUUGCUUUGUGCCUCAGCUGUUGACGCUGAUGAUAUGUUAUUCCCAUUGGCAUUUGCUAUUGUGGAUAUAGAAAGUGAUGAUAAUUGGAUGUGGUUUGUAACAGAACUGCGUAAGCUAUUUGGAGUCAAUACAGAUAAGAUGCCUAUGUUGACGAUAUUGUCCGAUAGGAAUCAAGGCAUUGUACAAGCUGUUGAAUACAAUUUCCCAAAUGCUUCUCAUGGAUUUUGCCUGCGCCAUGUAAGCGAGAGCUUCCGUGAUGAGUUCAAAAACUCAAAGCUAGUUAAUCUCUUCUGGAACGCUGUUUAUGCCCUUACGACAGCUGAAUUUGAGUCCAUAGUAAAUGAAAUGAUGGAAGUUCAGGAUGUCAGGCCCUGGUUCCAACGUUUUCCUCCUAGCCUUUGGGCAGUUGCAUACUUUGAAGGGGUUCGUUAUGGCCACUUCACAUUGGGUAUCACUGAAGUUCUGUAUAAUUGGGCGCUUGAUGGCCAUGAACUUCCUGUAGUGCAAAUGAUGGAACACAUCCGCAACCAACUAACCUCUUGGUUUAAUGACCGUCGCCUUAUUGGUUUGUCAAUGACCUCAGUCCUUGUGCCUUCUGCUGAAAAGCACAUUUCAGAAGCUAAUGCUGAUUCACUAUGUUAUCAAGUUCUCCGAGCGAAUAAAGUGGAAUUUGAAAUCGUAUCAACUGAGCGAACUAAUAUUGUUGAUAUACAGUCACGGUCUUGCUCAUGCCGUCGCUGGCAAAUAUAUGGUAUACCUUGUGCACAUGCUGCUGCUGCACUUUUGUCUUGUGGUGAAGAUGUACGGUUGUAUGCUCAGGAAUGCUUCAGCGUCCAGAAGUACCGUGAGGUCUAUUCACAAACGAUAUAUCCAAUUCCAGAUAGAAAUCUUUGGAAAGUAUCAACAGAGGGCAUGGAAAGUGGCAGUGGCAAAUCAGAUAUCAUCAUACGACCACCUAAAACUCGUCGGCCGCCUGGUCGUCCCAAAAAGAAGGUUCUUCGGAUGGAGAGUUUAAAACGUCCAAAGCGUGUAGUUCAGUGUGGUCGGUGUCAUCUAUUAGGGCAUUCUCAAAAGAAAUGCACAUUGCAAGUCUGAUAGACUGACUCAUCCUGUUUUAGUCAUGGUAUCUUCUGUCCUGAUAUUUGCUGUGGAAGUAAUAGCAUUGUUGUAUCGUAGUAUAGAAGUCUCUUCCAAUUGAUCUUGUUGCUUUCUUUGGUCCCGUUUGUUUGAUGGAAGCAUAUAACUUUACAUUUCAUGAGAAAAUGUGUUGUUUCGGUUGUCAUCUUUUAUA